CUAGCAGUCGUUCGAGAGGCGACGCCAUCGUCGGGGGUACACGCGAUACACAUAGACUCGACACCGAAGCGUAUGCCAUAUAGUAUAUAUCGGUAUAUCGACGAGAGACAGACGACUCGAUGGGGUAAAUUCUUGUUAAAGUGCUAAUAAAUUGACUGCCUGCCGCCGCGCAGCAUUUCGCUUUGCACGACAAAUAUCGGUACGGUACGGAUUUCCAUUGCGUUAUGAAAUCCCCCAAACAGUUGCCGGCGCGCAAAGGAAGCAAAGCAAAGCAAAGCAAAUCAAAGCAAAGAGGCGUGUGAACUAUGGCCUUUUGUUGUAGGGCGCGCUGAUAAACAGUAAAACUAUAACGUCGUGGAGCCUCCACUAAAGAUAGUGCAUAAGUACUAUGUAAAAGAAAUCGCACUCAGAUUCGGAUUCGGAAUCACCCCCGCCAACAAAGUCCAGUCAUCGUUCGUUCGCGUCUAAAGUUCUUCUCUCUCGGAUUGCCUCUCCCUCUCCCUCUGCCUCUCUGUAAUUUGUAUUUACUUUUCGAUUGUGCUUUUUAUUGUUUUUCUUUUUUACACAUUGUCACAGUCGGCAGUCGGCCGUGUAGACCGUGUACAGUGUGCCGAGCCGUACAAUUAGAUGUACAUAAAUUUUACGGGGCACAGAGUUCUGUUCAAAAGUAAUAGCCUGCCUGGGGAGCCUGCUCCCAACCCCCUCACCACCCUUUUUAAGCUCUGCGCGAAAGAGUAAUACCAUAUUUGGACGGACGGACGGACGGACGGGUCUCGCGUUUCGUUGCGAUUCGCUGAUCGCGCGAAGAGUUUGAGAGCAAUUUCUGUGCUGUUCAAACUGUAGGCCCGUAGAGCCCACUUUGUGCGCAAUAAUGGGUCGAAAAAAAGUGGAGUACCGUGUCAAACAGACGCCCACGCGGCCACUGCAAAUGUCCAAUGCCCGCAUUGGGGCCCUCGAGGAGGACAUGGCGCCCGAGGAUGAGCUGGCCGCCCACUAUGCGGAAUUCGGCACAACGCCACCCCGCACACGGCUCAAGAUCAAGAAUCGAGACUGGGAGCGCAAGCAGAAGGUGUCCAAUGUUGCGGCUUCCCCAGAUCUGCCUGCCAGCGUGGGGGGCACGCCCAAGAAGGGAAUGUCGCGGAUGGCUCGAUCGCGGGUCCUGCGCCGCAACACCAUGGACUGUGCCCUGCUCAACGAGAUGUUCGUGAACGAGGAGAACAAGCGGACGGACAAGCGGCUGCAGUCGCUGCUGCGCGACUCGGAGCGGGAGAUGAAGAACUCGCUGGCGACAACGGCCGUGGCGCCGCCACGGGGCAGCAGCUUCCAUGAGAGUGUCCAUCCGCUGGAGUCGCUGGACAAGAUCAUGCCGCUCAGCUCGGAGGCGAUGCCGGCGCCACUGCCGCUGCGCAUUGCCUCCAAGGUGGUGGAGAGCUGCAACCGGUAUCGUUGUGUGUCCUCGCGACCCAUUGGCUACCGCUCGUCGGCGCCGCCGCUGGCCUUUGCCGCCCAGCUGCCGGCAGGUCUACUGAGCGGCUGCCAUGGGAAGCAGCAGACGGUUGGGCUGGGCAAGCGGAAGGACUUCCACGAGACGUUUGCCAACCUGAUCAAGCUGGGCAGUGUCGACCGGCAGGAUGCGAAGCCGUCGCAGGAGGAGCACACCUGGCAGACGGAGCUAAAGGAUCUCAUAUGGCUGGAGCUGCAGGCCUGGCAGGCCGAUCGCACCGUUGAGCAGCAGGACAAGUACCUGUUCGAGUCCCGCCAGGGCGUCUCUGAUCUGCUCACCCAAAUCAUCAGCUACAAAUUCCAGCCGCGGUAUCGCCGUGAGCCGAGCCUGAUAAGCCUCGACAGUGGCAUCCAUUCCGAGAGCAAUUCCAAUGCCAGCUCUCCAUUGCCCAGCAAACUGUGCCAGGGAUGCAUGUCGCUGUACUGCAAGGACUGCAUGGAACAGCAGGAGCUGGCGCUGCGCGAAGUGGAGGGCAUGCUGACACGACUGGAGGCCGCCGAAGCGCUCUAUCCCUCGUCGCAGGCCAUGGGCGCCCUGCAUCCCAUAUACAAGUCGCAGAGCUUUGUGGGCCGCAUCAAGUCCAUGUGCCUGUGGUACAACAUAACCAAGCAGAACAAACUGAAGCUCAGUAUUUUGGGCAUGAUUUUGGCCAGGCUGCAGGACGAAAAGUUUUCAUGGCCCGUGCAAACUGCGUGCCCCGCUGCCUCGGACAGCGGCAACUCGUCCGCCUCGGGCGUGGAUAAUGAUGAUUCGGCGGUGAAUUCGAUGGACUCGGCCAAGCCGCCCAGCUGUCCAGUUGCGCGCAAGGGCUGCCGCAACGGUAGCGUCACAUCCAGUCAUAAGGUUCAGUUCAUGCUGAACGACGCGGCCCACGUGCCCGGCGAGACGUCCAGCAGCAACGAAUCCACGUCGACUGAGGUCAGCCAGUUGUCCGGCGAGUGUCUGCACGGUCAUGGAUUGCGCAAGGGAUCCAUGCACGACAUCAAUAUCUUCAGCGUUGAGCCACUGGGCACCUGCAGCAACGAUGUCAGCGGUGGCGAUGGCUCAUCGGCCCUGUACCGAAAGUUCAUUGAGAAUGUGCUGAAGAGCCGGGGACUGGCCAAGUCGCUGGCAUUCCUGCACAAGCUGCACAAUGUGGCGCUGUACAAGGCGCACAUUGCACUGGAGAAGCCGGGCGCCGAGGACUUUGACUUUGAGCUGGACGCGGAGGCGAUUGAGGAGGAUGUGCCGCGCCUCGAUCCGCAGAUAAGUCGCGAGCAGGUGAUCGAGCUGCGGACAUACGGGUACUGGAGCGAGGAGGCGCAGUCGAUCAAUCUACCCUCAUACAUUCCCACCUUUGUGUUCCUGAGCGGCAUUCCGCUGCAGUUCAUGCACGAGUUUCUGCGCAUGCGCCUGGAGACGCGGCCCGUCCGGCCCAAUCCGCUCAGCCUGGGGCAACUCAUGAAGGAGCUGCGCGAGGGCCUGACCCUGGCUCUGACGCAUCGCGAGCGCUACCAGCGGCACAUUACGACGGCUCUGGUCGAGAACGAGGCGGAGCUGGGCAGCUACAUGUUGAUCCUCAAUCAGUACGAUGCGACGGUGCGCAAGACCUUUGAGCUGUAUCUCGACUACAUCGAUCAGCUGGUGCUGGUGGCCGUGCCGGAGACGAACCAGAAGUCGGUGCUCGAGAAGGAGUGGAUGUUCACCAAGCUGAUCAGUCCCAUGAUCACGGGCAUGCACACCCUGGCCUCGCAGAAGUUCUGCGGCAUCAUCAGCAAGCUGUUGCGCAGCAUCUCGGAGAGGCUGGUGAAGCGCUCCGUCGAGCUGGACCAGAAGAUCGAGGGCACCGCCGACAACGAUGACAACGAGGAGCUCAAGUGGCAGCUGCUCACCAUCUGCCGGGAGACACAGUCGCUGCUCACCGUCGAGCGGGAGCGAUCCAUUAAGGUGCUCUUCUUUGCCAAGACCUUCUGCCGCGACGUCGAGACCACGGACUUUCAUCGGGAGCACUACGAGGACGACGUGGCCAAUCAGCAGCACGAUUUCAUCUGUUCGGACGUGAAGGCGGCCUUCAAGCUGCUGCAGCAGGAUGUGCUCGAUGUGCGCAACAAGCUCACCGAGAUUAUCGAGGGCGUCCAAACACGCUGCUGUCUGAGCAACAUGCGCGACCUGGACGAGCAGGACCGGCAGGCGGUGCUGUCGCGCACCCGCGAGAUACUGCAUCAGGGCUACAAGUUCGGCUUUGAGUACCACAAGGAUGUGAUCAGGCUGUUCGAGCAGCGCAUCAUGGACCAGAAGGACAGUGGAGCGCACACGGUGGACCUGGCACUGGGCAUCAUUACUUACGCCAAGAUGUGGAUGCAUUUUGUGAUGGAGCGUUGCGAACGGGGCCGUGGCAUGCGCCCACGCUGGGCCUCCCAGGGUCUGGAGUUCCUGAUUCUUGCCUGCGAUCCGCAGAUCACCCAGCACCUGGCCGAGCAUCAGUUCGAGGAGCUGAAGCAGCAAAUGGAUCGCUGCAUUUCGCACGUGAUUGGCAUCACCUCGGAGCCGGAGAAGGUGGCCCGCAAGAAGGCAUCGCCACGCACCCGCAAGACCUCAUCGCCGGCCACCUCACGUUCCCGGACGCCCACCCGCACCCCCAUGUCGGCCGGCAUUGUGCUGAACCCCAAUACGCCGCCCCUGCAGUCGCCGCCAUACAACAAACUGCUGCAUCCGCAGUUCAGCCUGAAGGAGGACUUGCUGCAGCAGUCGUCCAACGCGUACAGUUCCGUGGACAGCGGCGACUAUGUGGACACCCCGUGCCGGAGCAGUCCCAACGGGGAGUUGCGCCUGCUGGUGCCACAGACGCCGCCCACGCCGGCCUCCUCGGGAAAGGGCAGCAUUGAGAGCACACCGCUGGCGCUGCGGCAGGAACGGGUGCGCGAUGCCGUCAAUCGACUGGACCUCGAUCUGGAGGAGCAGCUGCGCGAGCGGCGACUGAUUGGCCAGGUCAAGGCCCUAAACUCGUGCGACAAGGUGCACAUCCGUGCGCGCAGCGUCCACUUCCGCUGGCAUCGCGGCAUCAAGAUCGGCCAGGGCCGAUUCGGCAAGGUCUACACGGCGGUCAACAACAACACGGGCGAGCUGAUGGCCAUGAAGGAGAUCGCCAUACAGCCGGGCGAGACGCGGGCCCUCAAGAACGUCGCCGAGGAGCUGAAGAUCCUCGAGGGCAUCAAGCACAAAAAUCUGGUGCGCUACUACGGCAUCGAGGUGCAUCGCGAGGAGCUGCUCAUUUUCAUGGAACUCUGCUCCGAAGGCACCCUGGAGUCUCUGGUGGAGCUGACCGCCGGUCUGCCCGAGGCUCUGGCACGCCGCUUCACCGCCCAGCUCCUCUCGGGUGUGUCCGAGCUGCACAAGCACGGCAUUGUGCAUCGCGACAUCAAGACGGCAAACAUCUUCCUUGUCGAUGGCAGCAACAGUCUCAAGCUGGGCGACUUCGGUUCCGCCGUCAAGAUCCAGGCACACACCACCGUUCCCGGCGAACUGCAGGGCUACGUCGGCACGCAGGCCUACAUGGCCCCAGAGGUGUUUACCAAGACGAACAGCGAUAGCCAUGGCCGUGCCGCCGAUAUCUGGUCCGUGGGCUGUGUUGUUGUGGAGAUGGCCUCGGGCAAGCGUCCGUGGGCACAAUUUGAUUCCAAUUUCCAAAUCAUGUUCAAAGUGGGCAUGGGCGAGAAGCCCAAGGCGCCGGAGAGCCUAUCGCAGGAGGGACACGACUUUGUCGAUCAUUGCCUGCAGCACGAUCCCAAGCAGCGUCUGACGGCCAUGGAGCUGCUGGAGCACAAUUUCUGCAAGUAUGGCCGGGACGAGUGCAGCAGCGAGCAGCUGCAGAUGCAGGUGCGUGGCUCCUUUCGUCGCAACGUGGCAACCAGCUAAUCGUGGCCCCGUGCUUCUUACAGUACGAUUAUAGAACGGAAAUCUAUAACUUGGCCUACCCCUACAUAUGUAUGUACACUGUACAGUGUGAGGCAUAUGUAAACGGGUGUGCACUUUGUGUAGUGUUUUAAUUUAUGUGAGUGUCGAUUAACUUAAUGGCUGCGCCUAGUUGUAUGUUGGACAAUAAAUAUGCCAAUUUAGUGAAAAGCCAAAA